CAUCUGCAGCGAGGGAGUCAGGAGACAUGCCUUCUGGCAGGAGCUGAAGAAGACAGCUGUGUUUGGUGUGGUAUUUUUAAACGCAUCAAUGCUGCUCCAAUCCCUGCGCCUCGCCUGACCUAUUUUUAGCCAGGGCUGGCCAUUGUUCUAUUUCUGUCACCUGUGGGCCACGCAGUUGUUGAUUCACAUGCAAAUGAAGCUUUGCUCCCUCCCUGGCUUGCGUUACUGCCUCUGCGAGGUGCUCAGUACACAGCACACGGCUUUCGCGGCAACUCAGCUUUCCAUUUCUCUCAGUCUCUGCUCAGACUCCGUGCAGAGGAGAAUAGAAAAAAGUACAGACCGGAGACGGAACAGGAGAGACGCAAGUAAGGAAAGAAGCUGGAUUUGCCAUCUCGUCCAAACAUCGCGUUAGUGUUUGGACCAGACCGAAACAGCACGCCCUGGAGAGCAGCAGCCCUGCAGAGAGUGUGUGCAGUUCGUGUUAUUGCUCCACAGUGAGAGUAGUUUCUCAGAGGAGGAGGCAGAGGAAGGGAGAGAGUUGCCUGUUGUCGUGGUCUCUCCCCUGAGUGGCUGAGGGCUGGCUCUUGGUGACAGGAAACGCAGGGCUUGCGAUGAGACCUGAGCGCUGAGUGGAGUAUGCUGCAGACGAUUUACGAGGGCGAGUCAAGUUUCUCCACAACAGAAGGGCGCGUUGGACACCAGCAGCUCCCCAGCCAGAGCAAGAUGCACAACGUGAACAACUCAGUGGAUAUUAAGCCAGAAGUGCCAUUGGUUGUGGAGCCGUUAUUGCCUUUGGACCUGCGCACAGACCUGAGGAUGCUGGGGCCAGGCUCGGACCCCGGACUGUGGGAGAGACAGCUGCAGCAGGAGCUGCUCCUCAUUCAGAAGCAGCAGCAAAUUCAGAAGCAGCUACUCAUCAGCGAGUUCCAGAAGCAGCAUGAGAAGCUGACCCGUCAGCACCAGGCUCAGCUCCAGGAGCAUCUCAAGCUUCAGCAGGAGCUGCAGGCCAUGAAACAGCAGCAGGAACUUGCGGAGAAGGAGCGCCGUUUGGAGCAGCAGCAGCAGCAGAAUCAGCAGGAGAAGGAGCAGGAGAGGCAUCGGAGGGAGCAGCAUGUUUCCAGCCUGAGCCUCAGGGGCAAGGAGCGCUCUCGAGAGAGUCUCACAGGUGCAGUGGCCAGUACCGAAGUGAAACAGAAACUCCAAGAGUUUCUGUUGAGCAAAUCAGCAAAGGACCCCGUCAGCAACGGAGCCAAUCACACGUUCAUCCAGCACCCGAAACUCUGGUAUACGUCCUCUCACCACACAUCACUGGACCAAAGCUCUCCUCCUCUGGGCGGCACCUCCCCCACCUGCCAGUACACCCUGCCGUCACCCAUAGAGAGCAAGGACGACUUCCCCUUGAGGAAGACAGCCUCAGAGCCCAACCUAAAGGUACGAUCCAGACUGAAGCAGAAAGUGGCGGAGAGGAGAAGCAGUCCCAUGUUAAAGAGAAGAGAUGGAAACAUGACCCCCUACAAGAAGAGGGCUCUUGAGCUGAUGGACUCUACGCCCACUAACAGUGCCCCUGGCUCUGGCCCCAGCUCUCCCAUAGGGGCCUCCAGUGCCUUGGGGGCUGAAAAUGGACCCUCCUCUCUGCCUACCACAACAAAAACUGAGAGAUGGCCUUCCCAGCCGAGGUUAUUCCGACCUGAAGGCUCCGUGUCGAUGCUGAGCUUAUACACGUCUCCCUCCUUACCCAACAUCUCUCUGGGGCUUUCAACUGCAUCUUCACCCAUUAAUGCUAUGGGCUUGAAAGACAGAUCAACAGAGGUCAAACACGGGCUGCCGGGGCAUUUGCUGGGUCCCGUGCCGCUACACUCAGGCCUGGAGUCGAAGGUGAGCCCCAGUCACCAGGCUCUGCUUCAGCACCUCCUGCAGAAGGAGCAAAUGAGGCAGCAGAAGAUGCUCUCCUCUGGCCAAGGCUCCAUGUCCUCACACCCACAGUCCCCGCUGGCCAUGAAGGAUCGCCCCUCCAGCAGUCGGCCUAAACUACCCAAACACCGACCCUUGAACAGAACCCAGUCGGCGCCGCUGCCUCAAAACACUCUUGCUCAACUUGUCAUCCAGCAGCAACACCAGCACUUCCUGGAGAAGCAGAAACAGUACCAGCAGCAGGUCCAUAUAAACAAGCUGUUGUCCAAGUCCAUCGAGCAGUUACGUCAGCCCAACGCACACCUGCAGGAGUCAGAGGAGGAGCAGGAGGAGCAGCACAGAGAGGAGAUGGAGAGCAUGCAGGAGGACAGGCUGCCCCCUGGAGGAGUCAUCCGGAAGCACACGCUCAGCAGCAGCAGCAGCGGCUCGAGCAGCGAGCUCCCAGACGCUCACUGCGGGGUCAUCAAGGUCAAGGAGGAGCCGCUUGAUAGCGAGGACGAGGCUCUGACCAGCCAGAGCUUAGAGUCGGAGCAGAGCGCCUAUCUUCACCAGGUCAAAGGCAGACUGGUGAUAAGAGCCAUGAUCUGAAAAGGGAAGAAGACGAGAUCACACACUUUCAACAUUCACAAAUAAAACAAGCCUCGACAAAGCAUUUACAUCUCUGCAGUUUACACACAGACACACACCCGCUCACACACAGCAGCCGUUGCACAGUAGGCCAGCUCCCUCAGUCAGGACUUAUGACCCCGUUUCACUCAGCUGCAGCUUCACUCGUCCUACUCUCUUAAGACUCUGUUUGUGAUCUUUGCGUAGUGAUCUCUGUAUAUUCUGUACGUUUCACAUGUGUAAAUACCAAGACAGUUUAGACCGUUCUUUUUAAGAGCUGCUUCGGUCGCCUCGAGUCAGUUCAGGUGACAAAAAAUUGGUUUGUACAUAGUAUUGUGGGUUUAGCAUUAAGGAUAAUUUCUAGAGGGAAGCUCGAGCAGGUGUACGGCUUUGAAGCACCACCCAGUUCCCACCGUGUAUAAUAUUUUCCCCGUAAAAUAUUUGAAUGCGCCUCUCUCCACUCCGUCGGUGAGUCCUCACGUUGCGUUAAAGGAUUUAAAACACUACAAGCUCUCAAUAAUCUGUGACGAUGUUUCAUGGUAAACCGACUCAGAGCUGAAAUAAUGAACGGCUGUCUUAGAAAGAAUGUAUACUUAAAUCCUAAGAGAGGGCGCUCCCACGAGGCAGACUUUAGUGCAGGGAGUGAUAUUGCCAUUGGAAUACGGUCCGGUGCUCAUAUUGCAAUUUGAAGGAUAAAACACUAAAUCCCUGCUUGGGUGUGCAGGCAUCUUCCAACACAUCCCCGAGUCUCCGUGUCUCUCUCAGCCGGAGCGGUCCCAGAGCCAGGGCCCUGUGUUAAGCCGAGCUCUCCUCCCUCUCUCCCUCUGGGUCCAAAUCAAAGCUCGGCCGAGUUCCUGCUCAGCUUUCAGCAGAGGAGCGAGACAGAGAGUAAGAGAGAAAGAGAGAGAGGGCCGGGCAGGAAAUGCCUUCUAGAAGCCAGGAGUUGGAGUGAUUCAUGUGUGCAGGAAUGUUGAGAGAGGAGGACCUAGGGUUGGAGGAGUCCAAGGGGCCAGGCUUGAGAAUUGAUUUACUGUCAAAGCGAAUUACAAAGUGAGUGGGGAUAUGGCUAAGGGAGUCCUUUUUAAAGGGAAUCGCUUCCUUCGUAUUCCCCAGUGGCGUGCUUACCUCAACAUGCAGGUUUGAUGUUACUUCAAUAAAAACCCUGGAUGAGACCUUGUUUCUUCUUCUUCUUCUAAUUUUUUUUUUUUUUUGUGAAACCAUUUUCCCCUAAAAGUGCCCAUUGCGACAUCUAUAGUCUGUCUUAAAGUGAUCAAUCAAAUGUAUUGCAUAGCUGUAAACCUUCCUGUUUCAUUUGUACCGUCAACUAAAUGUUAUUAAAAA